AUGGACAAAUUCUCAGCGCCAACCUGGUUGGCUCCCCGAUCUGUUUGGAACUCGAAUUCUACUCGGUGGACUUGUUUUAUCGCCCUCUCGAUAAUCUCUCUUGCUCUGAUCUGGAACAUCAGCUCUCCCGCUCUGUCACCGCCGGACGACGGUGCUAGCGCUGACUACGAUAAGACUGUUUUGACUUAUAUCCCUCCUCUUGGUCUAGGUACAUGGCAGCUUCCAAAAGACAAAGCCCCUGGAAUCGUUCAGCGGGCUCUUGAAAACGGAUACAGGCACAUAGAUGCCGCCCUUGUUUAUGGCAACGAAAAGGAGGUUGGUCAAGGCAUUUCCGCAGCCAAACUCCCCCGCUCUUCAUUCUGGGUUACCAGCAAGCUUUGGAAUGAUGCCCACAAACCAGCCGCAGUGCGACCGGCGCUAGAGACAACGUUGCACGAUCUCGGCCUCGAGUAUCUAGAUCUUUACUUGAUGCAUUGGCCUGUAUCUUUCAAGCCCGGCACAGGAUCCAAGAUUGUCCUCGAUAAUGUCCCGAUCUUGGAGACUUGGUGGGAAAUGGAAAGUCUCGUUCGUGACGGACUCGUUAGACAGAUCGGGGUCUCCAAUUUCAACCAGGCUCAAGUGGAGCAGCUUUUACGGCAUGCGCGCAUUCGCCCAACUGUACACGAAUUCGAGACUCACCCUUUUCUCCAACAGCAGGAAUUCGUGGAUUGGAAUUUGGAACAGGGGCUCCGCGUCAUCGCCUACUCCCCGCUUGGAAACAUGAAUCCGAUCUACCAGUCCUCGGCUACACCUUUGCUAGAUGAUCCUUUCUUGUCUGAAAUGGCGAAUAAAAAGGGAAUAACCGUGGCUCAGCUUGUUCUGGCUUGGAAUAUGCACCGUGGAGUUAUUGUUAUCCCCAAAAGUGACCAUGGGGAAAGGGUAUUAGAGAACUUCCAAGCACAGUCUAUAGUAUUGACCGAGGAAGAGGUGCAGGCCAUUAGUUCGAAUGAUCGGAAGACGAGAUUCAGCAACCCGACGGAUAUGUGGGGAACUGGCACGACGCUUUAUGCUGGCCUGGAUGGAGUGGAUUGGUGA